AUGUAUACGGUGUGUUUGGUAUAUGUUGCUGUCCUGCUAGCUGGAGUUAUCUCACAAAUAGAUGAUGAGUACACUGAACUUUGCAGCACAGCUACAACCUGUAAAGAAUGUAUCCGAUUGUCUCCCAUGUGUGCCUGGUGUGGAAGUGAGAAUUUUCCAAGAGGAGAAGCAAGAUGUGACAUUUUAAGGAACUUGGAAAGAAGAUGUCCAAAAAAUGACAUUUCAAAUCCCAAGUCAGAAAUCACAGUUAAAAGAGAUGAUGCAUGGACCAGUGGUGGGUUAUCAGCUCCACCUGUGCAGGUCAAACCCCAGGAGUUGGAGUUAAAACUCAGGCCUAAUGAGCCUGUCAGUUUUAAACUGAAAUUCAAACAGGAAGAGAAUUACCCAGUAGACCUGUACUUUUUGUUGGAUCUGAGCUAUGGAAUGGUUCGACAAAAAGAAGCUCAGCAACGUCUGAUUGAACUUGGGCGGGAUAUUCCUGGGAGCAUGUUAGACAUCACUAACAACUUCAGACUUGGCUUUGGAACAUUUGUGGAUAAAGUUCUAAUGCCGUACACAGCAUGGACAGAUGAAAUGUUGCGGAACCGGUGCCCUCUGAAUAAAGCUUGUCGGCCCCCACACGACUUCAAAAAUCAUGUUGAUCUUGGAGAUGAUGGUGUAAACUUUGCUGAUAAAAUGAAAGAGGCCUUGGAGGAUGUGUCCCAGAGUAUGGAUGAUGCAGAGGGCGGGUUAGACGGACUCAUACAAGCUCUAGAUUGUGAUGUGAUUGGUUGGAGAAAUGUGUCAAGACGUAUCAUCGUGUACAGUUCCAAUUCUCUGUUUCAUUUAGCAGGAUCCGGCAAGCUUGGUGGUGCAACCAGACAAAGCGAUCUCAAGUGUGCCUUGAACUCAGAGGGUCUGUAUGAACAUGACAAGAUAUAUGAUUACCCAUCAGUGAGUCAGGUUGCCAGCAAAAUGAAAGAGAAGAAAGCCAAUGUUAUCUUUGCAGUCAUGAGCAAUGUGACAAGCCAUUACCAACAACUGCGAUUUUUUCUAGAUGGUGCUGUGGUCGGGGAACUGGCAGAAGAUUCAAAAAAUAUUGUUGAUCUUAUCAGAGCCAAGUAUUAUGAACUGCGAUCACGCAUCAAGUUUCAGGCCAAUAAUGCAGACAAUGUGACCAUUGUGUUCAAGUCCAAGUGCCUUGGAGAUGUUGUUAGAGAAACGGCUGAUUGUGACAACUUGGAAAUCAAGUCUUCUGUGGAGUUUGAUGUGACCAUGACGGUCAGCAGGGAUGUGUGUAUAGGCCGGACUGGGUUUGUAGAGAGGACGGUUACCCUGGAUGCGGUGGGUCUGAACGAACAGCUGGAUGUCAAGUUGAGAAUCCAAUGUGAAUGUGAAUGUGAGGGUCCCGAACAUGAGGAAGUGAAGAGUGACAAGUGUACCCAUGGCAACGGAACCUUUGAGUGUGGCAUGUGCAACUGUGACACUGGCAGAUACGGCCGCCAUUGUGAAUGUGAUGAAUUCCAGAUAUCUAGUGAGAAAUCUCUGGAACAGUGCAGAAUGGACAAAAAUGAAACCCUGACCUGCUCAGGCAAAGGAGAGUGCAUCUGUGGGGUGUGUAGCUGCUUCCCAUUAAACACCAACUCUGCUCAGAGGUUCAGUGGCGACUACUGUCAGUGUAAUGAUUACAGUUGUCCUGUGGGACAGUAUGGACUCUGUGGAGGCUCAGUGAGAGGCACCUGCAAAUGUGGCAAGUGUAACUGUUUCCAGGGCUGGACUGGGGAAGACUGUGAAUGCACCACUGACACUGAUAUUUGCCGGGCUUCCACUGGGAAAAUAUGUAAUGACUUUGGCAAGUGUCAGUGUGGAAGGUGUUACUGUGAUCCAAGCAGCAACAUGGUGGGACCUAGAUGUGAGGACUGUCCAACAUGUGCCCCUCAGUGCAGUGAGUACAUUGAUUGUGCUCAGUGUAAAGCUCAUGGCACUGGCAAAUACAACAAGGAAGAGUGUGAGACAGACUGCCAGAAGUUGACUAUAGAGGUUGUUGACACGCUGGAUUCUGGGAAAGGCAUCAGGCACUGUGAUGGGAUUGAUGUUGAUGGAUGCACAUUUUUCUUCACAUAUGAGUACACCAAAGACAAUGCGGUCCUAAUCAAAGCACAGAAAACCAAAGAGUGUCCGAAGGAAGCUCCUGUUGCUGCAAUAGUUGGUGGAACUGUGGCUGCUGUGGUGCUAAUUCCUCUACUCAUCAUCUGUCUUAUUAUUUUUAUUCGUAAUCGGCGAGAUGCUAAAGAGUAUGCAGAUUUUAUGAAGGAAAGAGACAGAGCUAAGUGGGACUCUGGGGCAAACCCAAUCUACAAGGAUCCAAAAACUACAUUCCAGAACCCAACAUACAGAGGAGGAAAAUAA